AUGCCCAUGUAUUCUAUUCUUCUACCUACUUAUAAUGAAAAAGAAAAUCUACCGAUUAUCAUCUGGUUGAUUGACCAAACGAUGACAAAGCAUGAUUACAACUAUGAAGUCAUCAUCAUCGAUGAUGGGUCUCCCGAUGGAACCCUGGAAGUCGCAAGACAACUCCAGAGUAUCUACGGGUCUGAUAAAAUCGUUCUUCGUCCUCGAGAAAAGAAACUCGGACUUGGUACAGCGUAUAUUCACGGGUUGAAGCAUGCUUCCGGCGAAUUUAUCAUAAUCAUGGACGCUGACUUGAGCCAUCAUCCAAAGUUCAUCCCGCAGUUUAUCAAACUCCAGGCGGAAAAAGAUCUCGAUGUCGUAACGGGCACUCGAUAUGUCAAUGGUGGCGGCGUGUAUGGCUGGGAUUUGAAGAGAAAAGUAGUUUCUCGAGGAGCAAACUUGCUCACCCAAAUUCUUCUACGCCCAGGCGUUUCUGAUCUCACAGGUUCCUUCAGACUUUAUAAGAAAGAAGUCUUGGGCACUCUCGUAAAGUCCUGUGUGUCCAAGGGUUAUGUCUUCCAGAUGGAAAUGAUGGUUCGAGCGAGACAAAAUUCCUUCAGCAUCGGAGAAGUGCCGAUCACAUUCGUCGAUCGCUUCUACGGUGAAUCGAAACUAGGCGCAAAUGAAAUUUCUGGCUUCGUCAAAGGCCUCUUGUAUCUGUUUGCCACCACGUGA